AUGCCUCGCACUACUCGAGCAACAGCUCCUAAGGCGGAGCCACAGUCCGAAGAUAGGAAGACCUUGGUGGUCGCAGCAAAUCCCAGCAAAACAUUCAUUCUUCCGUCACCCACCAGCGCCAAUGCGCGUCUGCUCUCCCUUCCCAAUCCGCAGUCCGGCGAGCUCUCGCGCUACUUCUUCUGCCCCGAACGCGGUAUCUACGAAUUCACGGUCGUCGCCUCGCCUCCAACAGCCGCUAGAAGCGUUCUAUUCACGCCAAAAUUGCAACAAGCAAUUAUCGCAUCCGAAGAUGGGCGUAAGAAGAACGUGCCUCUAGUAACCGCGUCAAUUGCAAAGAAGGCCGAAUUGCUGGUCGCGACACCAAUCGACGCCCUGUUCUUCCUGACACACCUUUUUUCAAUCUCUAUGAAAUCGGGCCAGUCUCUAUUCCAGCCAUUGGACGAUAUUAUCGAUUCAAACGAUGACCUCCCUCCUCAUUUCCGCCAUAUCCUCUAUGAUGAAACAUUCCGAGGCACACUCCUCGCUCGCGCAGAAGCGAUCUGUGAGACUAUGGAGGCAGGCGACGAGAAAAUGUUCCGUUUUAGCGAAAUGAAACUUCUCAAGGAAUUGAUUACCAAGGCCGAGCGUAUGGCUACGCUGGGGCUACCAGCAAGUUUGGAGGAACGAUUCGUUCGCCAGACAUUAGCUGCUCCGCUGAUGGCUGUCAAGCGAGAGGACUCAUUGGCCGGGCAGUUUUCGAAAGACGAGGAAGCAAGCGUCAACCCGUCCACGGUGGCUACCACUGCUACUCCCUCGGUAUCAACACCUGCGGGAGAAUCCACACCGGCUCUUGGCAAGGAUAUAAGUUGCACGGACAUUGUCAGUCAUUUGCAGCGAAUUGUGACGGCUUUGUCCUUCAUGAAAGAAUCAUACCUGCCACAGUCGUUGUGUUCCAGAAUUGAUGAGAUACUUGCUUCGCCUGAAACUCCAUUGGAUCUCAAGCCAUUGCACGAUCGCCUAAAGCAACUUGUUGAACUUCGAACCGAGGCAUUCGCCUCGCGAAACUUGUCGGAUUUCAGCCGCAAGCGCGGUUUGGAUGAUGAAGAAAUGGAGGCUCGCGCUGACAAGAAGCGCAAGAAGGAGGAGGAGGAAAAGGUGAAGAAGGCGGCGGAGUCUCAGGCAGUACGGAACCUGAAGAAGGUCAAUACAACUGGUAUGAAGAAGAUGAGUGAUUUCUUCGGAAAGGCAGCUGCGAAGAAGAAGACUUGA